AGCAUAAAUUGUCAGUGAAAAGCUGGACAAGAUGCCGAGAAAGAAAGGAACUGGAGGUGCUGCCCCAAGAUCACCUGGAAAGACUUUUAUCUUUAAACAGCUACAGGAUUUACAACAGUGUCCAAGCUGUGGCGCGUUCCUUAAAUGCUGCGUAUUCCUCUAGAUCAAAGUGGAGCUUGAAGGAGAGUCUGGAAGUUCAAAGGCUACAGCCAUGGCAGCUCCACUCUUUCCUGGGAGACGCCCAAUUUUACAAUUCUUCAAUGGACGGAGUGUAUUUGGAUGAGAAUGGGGAACUAGCAGCUGACUUGGACAUCGUGAACUGGGUGGUGUUUCCCAAUAAGUCCCUCCUUAGAGAGAAGAUUGGGAGCAUCAAUAUACAGAGAUCCCUUGACCUACAGUGCACCAUCGACCAGAAUGCUAUUGUAUGCCCCGGAUGGCACAACCAGCCCCUGCCUACUUCCAGGUGUGUGGAAAGUUGCCAGCCUGGAUUCUUCAAGGUAGCUCAGAAAGGAAUGCUGCUCUGCUGCUAUGACUGCGUUCCCUGUGCGGAAGGAACAAUAGCCACUCAGGAAGAUGCAGAGCAUUGCACCAGGUGUCCAGAAGAUCAGCAUCCAAACCAGGCCAGAGAUCUGUGUUUCCACAAGAUCAUCAACUCUCUGUCUUAUGAAGAAUAUUUGGGGAUCUUCCUAACUUCCUUUGCCCUAUUCUUAUCCUUAACCACAGGUGUUGUGCUAGGAAUAUUCAUUAUAUUCCGAGAAACUCCCAUUGUCAAAGCCAACAACCGGAAACUCUCCUAUAUCCUCCUCAUCUCCCUCUUGCUUUCCUUUUUGUCCUCCUUACUCUUCAUUGGAAGGCCAAGAAAAGUGACCUGUCUUCUCCGACAAGUGGCCUUCAGCAUCAUCUUUUCAGUUGCCGUUUCCUCUGUGUUGGCAAAAACCAUCACUGUGGUGCUGGCCUUCCUGGCCACAAAGCCAGGAAACACGAUGAGGAGAUGGCUUGGGAAGAGUUUGGCCAAUUCCAUUGUCAUUUCCUGCUCCAGUGUCCAAGUUCUCAUCUGUACUAUCUGGCUGGGAAUCUCUCCACCCUUCCCAGAGUCUGACAUGAGGUCCCAGGCUGGAGAGAUCAUCCUACAAUGCAAUGAAGGGUCUGUUGCCAUGUUUUAUGCUGCCCUUGGCUACAUGGGCUUCCUGGCCUCCUUCUGCUUGACAGUGGCUUUCCUGGCCAGGAAGCUGCCUGGGGCCUUCAAUGAAGCCAAGCUGAUCACCUUCAGCAUGCUGGUCUUCUGCAGUGUUUGGAUCACGUUUGUGCCCUCCUACCUGAGCACAAAGGGGAAAUACAUGGUAGCUGUGCAGAUCUUCUCCAUCUUGGCCUCCAGUGCUGGGCUACUGGGCUGCAUCUUCUUUCCCAAGUGCUACAUAAUCGUACUCAGACCUUCUCUGAACACAAAGGAGCAUCUGACAAGAAAAACCGGUUGUUAA